GAUUUACCAUCACUUUACUAUUGCAAAGUGAAUCAUCCGAGCACACCCUCCUUUACAAUUGUAUCAGAUUAGAAAAAGAAAAAGAGAUAUUUCACCUUAAGUAAUGGUAUAUUUCCCAAAAUAAUAUAUUUGUAUGUAUCAUAUUUAACCAAAAUUAUCUUCAUUCUUUUAGUUAAACUAAUUUUCUACUCGUCAAACUUUUUCUCAAUCUUCAACUCUUAUUAGCUUAUAUGAAAUCUCAUCUAGGUAUACACAAUGUCAGGAUAAAAGAUAACAAUAUUUAAGUUACUUUUAUUGUCCUUCGGUGCAACAGUGAAAUGCACAUGUGUGCAGUUUAUUGAUAUGUGCAUAUAAGGGAUACACUGCGAGCACUUGCUGUCAGAUUGCAAACGGAACUGUAAAUCUGUGCAAAUUAUACUGUGAAUCAAGGAACUUUGACAGAAUAGGUGUCAUUUCUUACCGCUAGGAAGAUGCGCGCGUGGACGGUAUUCUUGGCAAUAAGCGUAGCACUAGCUGCUGCAAAAGUUCAAGAACAUAAAAUAGUAUGUUACUUUGGAAGCUGGUCAGUCUACCGCCUUGGCAAUGGUAAAUUCGACGUGUCCAAAAUCGAUCCAACACUUUGUACUCACAUGAUUUAUUCCUUCGUUGGAUUAACGUCGAAUGGCGAAAUCAAAAUUUUGGAUUCCUGGACCGACGUAGACGACGGUUCCGGUCGCGGUGGUUUUAACAAAUUUAAUGCACUUCGUGAAAUCAGCUCUGGUACCAAAACAAUGUUAGCCAUUGGCGGUUAUAGCGGAGAAUCAACUACGUUCUCCAACGUGAUAAAGGAUCCAAUUCUGAGAUCGAAAUUUGUCAGAAAUAUAUUACAGUUCGUUAAAAAAUAUAAUUUCGAUGGAUUCGACGUCGACUGGGAAUAUCCAGCACAACGUGGUGGUGCGGCAGUGGAUAAAGAAAAUUUGGUUUUACUUCUAAAAGAACUUAGAUCAGUAUUCGAUGACAAUAAUUUGAUCCUGAGUGCUGCUGUUGCCGCGACCGAAAGUUCUGCUAGAAUAUCAUACGACAUUCCCUCAUUAUCCAAGUACUUGGAUUUCAUUAAUCUAAUGGCUUACGACUUUCAUGGCGCCUGGGAUAAAUUUGCUGGUCACAAUGCGCCACUUUAUGCCGCUUCCUGGGAGUCAAGUUAUGGCAAGAGUUUGAAUGUGAAUGCCUCCGUCCAUUAUUGGCUGGCUCAGGGUGCACAAGCUGAAAAACUUAUUCUAGGCACUGGUUUUUAUGGCAGAUCCUUUACUCUAAUGGAUCCUAAUACUGCCAAGCUAGGAUCUGCUGUCAUUGGUCCUGGAAAUCCUGGUCCAUAUACCAUGGAGUCUGGGAUGCUUGGAUACAAUGAGAUCUGUGAAUUGCAGAUGAAAGAGGGCUGGGUUGUCGAAUGGGAUAACGAGCAGAAUAUUCCAUAUGCUCAUUUAGGAAAUCAAUGGGUAGGAUACGACGACGCAAAAUCCCUCACUGAAAAGGCAAAUUUUGUGAAAAAACAUGGCCUCGGUGGUGCCAUGUUAUGGAGCAUCGAGACUGAUGAUUUUAAUGGAAUUUGUGGUGACAAGUAUCCACUGUUAAAAGCGCUCAACAACAUUUUACGUGAUGAUUCUGAUUCAUCAAAUGAUAUAGAAUCAACAACGGGUCCAUCAACAACUGUUACGAAUACGGGGAAUACCCAAGAGAGUGCUCCUGGUGGCGCCAUCUCUGACAUCUGCGCAGCAUCCGGUUUCAUUCGAGAUCCAAAUAACUGCCGGAAAUUCUACUUAUGUCAAAAGGUGUAUUCAAAUAAUUAUCAAGUCAUUGAGCUUAAUUGUGCUGUUGGUCUUUAUUUCGAUACGAAACUAAAUGUCUGCAAUUAUCAGAAUCUGGUUGAGUGUUAAUAACAAACGAUUGUUUUAAAAUAUUUGGACAACAGCAAAACGUACGUUAUUGACAAUAAGAGAUACUUUCAAUAUCAUGAUUUUUCAAUGAUUAUCUUGUUCGUUGAAAUUUAAUAGAAUUUCAAAUUGCGUCAUCGCGAGCAAUUAAGAUGUAUAACGAAGAGAAUGUUAUCACUACAUGCAAAAAAUCUCAAAAAUAUUGUGAAGUGGUCAUUGAAUAAGGCCAGAUUAAUAUCAAGGAGAAUGAAUUUCGUACGAGUAUAGAAAAUUCAACUAUGCAGACUGUCAUUGGAUAUUGAAAUUAAUGAUAAUGAACUGCGAUAAAUAAAGAUAGCAAGAAACUAAAGACACCGAUAUAGUUUCAUGGUCGUUUUGCUCCAAAUAGAUUAAGAAACUAAUUCCACAAUUAUAUUAAAACUAUGCUAAUGAUCUAUGAUUGUUAAUUACCUAUGAUAAGAAUGGAAAGCUUUUAGUAUUAUAAAUAACGCAAUAAAUGAUGAAUGCAACAUUA